UCGAUUAAGUAAACGAAAAAUCUGUUAAAAAGCAAAAUCAAAGCUGAGUUAAUAAAACCGUCAACGAAACGCCCAUCUGUUUUUCUUGACUAUUAAAUCCUUCCUAAUCCAGAAACUUACUCUGCAAAAAUUACAAAAGCUCGUUACUUUUUUCUUCUCCUUCAUCUGGGUCCCUUUCAUUUUCUACAAAGAUUGUUAAUUUGAUCAUUUUGUUGAAUUGAAAUUGUAAAAAAAGAUUGGUUGAAAAUGGUGGGAUCAGAGAAUGAGGAAAAGAAAAGCAGUAAGCAAUGGAAAAUGGUGAUAAUUGGUGCUGUUAUUGCUUUGAUAUUUGCAUUUACUACAGCUUCAAUUGCUAGUCCAAAUAUCAAUCUUUUUGGACUUUCCAAUGAUUCUUGUACUUGCCCUCAGAAGUAUAGUGGGAUGGUGGAGGAUUGUUGUUGUGAUUAUGAGACAGUAGACCGUCUUAACAAAGAAGUGUUGAAUCCAUCUCUCCAAGAACUUGUGAAAACUCCGUUUUUUCGAUAUUUUAAGGUUAAAUUAUGGUGUGACUGCCCUUUUUGGCCUGAUGAUGGCAUGUGCCGCUUGAGAGAUUGUAGUGUUUGCGAAUGCCCGGAAGGUGAGUUCCCGGAAUCAUUUAGGAAGCCAUUUCGUCCAGGCCUUCCAAUAGAUAAUCUUCAAUGUCAAGAAGGAAAGCCUCAGGCUGCUGUUGAUCGCACUCUGGAUAGCAAAGCAUUUAGGGGAUGGACUGAAAUAGAUAAUCCCUGGACCUACGAUGAUGAGACUGACAAUGCUGAGAUGACAUAUGUGAAUCUUCAACUGAACCCUGAACGAUAUACUGGCUACACUGGUCCAUCAGCUAGAAGGAUUUGGGAUGCUACUUACUCUGAGAACUGCCCCAAAUAUCCAUCUGAAGAGCUGUGUCAAGAAGAAAGAAUAUUGUACAAAUUAAUAUCUGGUCUUCACUCCUCUAUUUCAAUCCAUAUAGCUGCUGAUUAUCUCCUUGACGAAUCUAAGAGCCUGUGGGGACCAAAUUUGACGUUGAUGUAUGAUCGGGUUCUGAGAUAUCCUGAUCGUGUUAGAAAUUUGUACUUCUCGUUCCUCUUUGUUCUUCGAGCAGUAACAAAGGCUGCUGAGUACUUGGAACAAGCUGAAUACACCACUGGUAACCCUACUGAGGACCUUAGGACUCAUUCCUUGAUCAAAGAGCUGCUUUAUAAUCCAAAGCUUCAAGCAGCAUGCCCGCUUCCAUUCGAUGAAGCUAAGUUGUGGAAAGGCCAACGCGGACCUGAACUGAAACAGAAAAUUCAGCAUCAAUUCAAGAACAUUAGUGCAUUGAUGGACUGUGUAGGCUGUGAGAAGUGUCGAUUGUGGGGCAAGCUUCAGAUUCUUGGUAUUGGUACAGCGUUGAAAAUCCUAUUUUCUGAUAACGGACGGGAUAACUGGGGCCAGACUUUGGAGUUACAACGUAAUGAAGUGAUUGCCUUGAUGAAUCUACUCAAUCGACUAUCGGAAUCUGUCAAAUUUGUGCAUGAGAUGGGACCUGUGGCUGAAAUGAGCAUCGAACAGAUUUCUUCACCAACUGCUACGAAUAAACUUUGGCAAAGGGUUCAAGCAAGUGUUCAAGCAUUUUUAUUUAAAUCAUGAGAAAUUCUUAGGAAAUGUCAAACUUAAGGAGAUGAGAACAAAACAUACUUCGGAAAAAUAGUCUAGGAAACUGCAAUCCAGGCCAUGGAGGAUAUAACAAAACCUUGUAGAAAGUGUAUUUUCAAGAAAUAUAAUGAUGGCAAAUUGUAUUAUUUUCUUUAUUUAAGAAGGUAUAAAGUGACAUCAUUGUUGAACAUUUUUGUAAUCAAUCGAAAUUGAAAAAAAAAAUACAGUCAAGAUAUCAUAUUUCAACUA